AUGAUAUUGUAUCAAAAUUGGUUGGUCUGCAACACCCGACCGACGGCAAGGCUCAAGUUCGAGAUCACAAAGCUGGACGCGAAACCCGCACCAACCGUCACCGAGUUCAGCUCAAGAGGCCCAUCGCCGACCUUCCCAUCCGUGCUCAAGCCCGACAUUAUGGGCCCGGGCUUUCGUAUCCUGACAACUUGGCCGGUCCACGUGCAGGCCCAGUCGAGCUACUUCCAGGAUCUGUACACCAGCUUCAAUCUCUUAACGGGUACCUCAAUGGCUUGCCCCCACCUAGAUGGAGUCGCGACCCUAAUCAAGAAGGCCCACCCUGAUUGGAGCCCAGCUGCGAUCAGGUCCGCAAUGAUGACAACAUCUGAUGCAGUGGACCACUCCGGCCAGCCGAUCCAGGAUUCCGGCCCGGACCAAAGCCCAACCACAGGCUUCGACAUGGGAGCGGGCCAAGUCAGCCCAAACAAGGCGCUGGAACCAGGCUUGGUGUACGAUCUCAAUUCUUCUGAUUACGUGAACCUCCUUUGUGCGAUGAACUUCACCACCGCCCAAAUCAGAGCCAUCACAAGGUCUCAUCACUCCACCGGCAGCUGCAACAACAUUUGCGCCACCCCUUCUCUGGAUCUGAACUACCCUUCGUUCAUCGCGAAUUUUGCCGCGGAUCGUUCGAACCAAGUUCUGGAGUUUCGGAGGACGCUGACCAAUGUGGGGUGCGAAAUGGCGACGUACAAAGCUUCUGUCACGUCGUUUGAUGGGCUGGAGGUCAGAGUGGUACCGACAGUGCUGGCGUUUAAAGCUAAGGGGGACAUGUUGGGUUUUAAGCUUGUGAUUGAAUAUGCUAUGAAGAAGAUGAGGAACCCAUUUCUGAAGUUGGGCUACCUCAGGUGGAUUGAGGUCGGUGGAGGCAACCAUGUUGUCCAAAGUCCAAUCGUCGCCACAAAUAUGAACAGCUUAUGA